CUUCGAUUUCCACACGGAUGUGUUUAUACGGCGCACCGUCUCCGGUAUGACUUUUUAGACGGAUGAAACGCUAAGAUGUCUUUCUGGAGCUGCUCUCACUGUAAAGCUGGCAGAAGAGCCCUGAAGUGGCUUCUGGGAAAUGUAGUGCACCGGAGAGCCCUCCACAAAACCUCUCCAGCUCUUGGGAGAAUCGCUCCUGUUUUCUCCAGAGCGCCUGCGUAUGGAGACAGUGUGGCCAUUAUGGAUCACAGCGGGAGCCACACCUACAGCUCCCUCUACAAAAGCAGCAAAAGCCUGGCGGGACUCAUUACCAAAGCUCUCGCCUGUCAAUCAGGAGACCUGAAGGGCGAGCGAAUCUCAUUUCUGUGUGCCAACGACGCAUCUUACACCGUGGCUCAGUGGGCGUCAUGGAUGUGUGGUGGCAUAUCGGUUCCCCUAUACAGAAAACAUCCUCUAAAUGAGCUGGAAUAUGUCGUCUCAGACUCCCAAAGCUCGCUGUUGGUCGCCGGAGAACCUUUUAUUGAUACCCUCGAGCCCUUGGCCCAGAAACUAGGGCUGCCCUGCCUACAGAUUCCCACCACUUUAGAUGCUCUUCAGAGUGAGGACACACAGAUGUUGCCCGAGGACGUCUCCGAUUGGGCAGAGAGACCAGCGAUGCUCAUCUACACCAGCGGCACCACGGGACGACCCAAAGCAGCGCUGCACACACACAGCAGUCUGCAGGCCAUGGUUCAGGGUUUGGUGUCCGAGUGGGCCUGGAGUCGAGAUGAUGUGAUCCUGCACACACUGCCCCUCCACCAUGUGCAUGGCAUCGUGAAUAAGCUGAUGUGCCCGCUCUGGGUGGGCGCGACCUGUGUCAUGCUGCCAGAGUUCAGCGCUCAGAAGGUCUGGGAGCAGUUGAUCAGUUCAAAGUCUCCGAUGGUGAACGUGUUCAUGGCAGUUCCCACCAUCUACUCAAAACUCAUUGAAUAUUACGACCAACAUUUUACUCAACCACAAGUCCAAGACUUCAUCAGGGCUGUGUGCAAAGAGAGAAUACGGUUGAUGGUGUCUGGUUCUGCUGCUCUUCCUCAGCCGGUUCUGGAGCGUUGGGCCGAGAUCACAGGUCAUGUUCUGCUGGAGCGCUACGGCAUGACGGAGAUCGGCAUGGCACUGUCAAACCCACUGAAAGGACCACGUGUACCCGGAGCUGUUGGAGUUCCUCUGCCGGGAGUGGAAGUGCGUAUCCUGAUGGCCAACUCCAGCACUGUAAUCGCGGAGGGCAACAGAAAGGGGACCCAGGUGAAGGCUGGUUUGGAGGGGAAGGAGGGCGAACUGUUGGUUCGAGGUUCGUCUGUGUUUCAGAAGUACUGGAAUAAACCUCAGGAGACGGCAGACGCUUUCACUGAGGACGGGUGGUUCAAGACCGGUGACACUGCGCUCUACAGAGACGGCAUGUACUGGAUCAUGGGCCGCACUUCAGUGGACAUCAUCAAGAGCGGAGGAUACAAGAUCAGUGCACUAGAAGUGGAGAGACAUCUGCUAGCCCACCCAGAUAUCACAGACGUGGCUGUGAUUGGUGCUCCAGACGCCGUGUGGGGUCAGAAGGUCACCGCAGUUGUGGAGCUGAGGAACGGGACGUCCAUGAGUCUGUCCACGCUGAAGGCCUGGGCCAGAGAGCACAUGGCUUCAUACACCAUUCCCACAGGACUGAUCCUGGUGGAAAACAUGCCCAGGAACCCGAUGGGAAAGGUGAAUAAGAAGGAGCUUCUAUCCCGGUUCUUCCCGCCUCGUGUCUGAUCCGAGAUCAGUCUUCGGAGAGAUGCGAGUCUCGACCACACACUGGGAAACUGUUUCUGGAUCAGAUCUUGAAUGUGAAAUCUCCUUACUGGCCGGCAAGAGUCAUUUGAUUAUUACCCAUGAUGCAAAGCACUGUAUUGUUUUUAAUUAGCUUUAUUUAGCAGGUAAGAGAAUGGAAUUAAAAAAUGUCUGUUUUAAGGUAAGACAGUGGUAAUGAACUGACUCGACUAUUAUCUGUCGAUUUAAAAUGAAAAAAAUCAAAUAUUUUUGUACUGAAAUUCUGAAAUAAACUAAUUUAUUUGGAUCA